AUGGCAACUCUUCCAACAUCACAUCACCUCGAGUGGGCGACGCAAGGGUCAGAUCUCAUUGAGGACCCCGACGAGCCGCCAGAAACUCAGCUGUAUAUGCCCGUUCCCACCAAGCCUCUUCCUUUCCAGAGAGCGCCGAUUCGUCCCCAGCAGGUUGCGUCUUCGCUACUUACUCAGGCAAUCUUGGGACAAUCAGACGAAGAGGAUGGUCACGUCUUCCACCCUUCCAAAUCCUACAGCCAACGCCGCCGUUCCAUGGUCAGCAAUGCCAGCAUUGCUUCUACCGCCGAUUUGACCAGUGAUACUGGUCUUACCAGCCCUUCACGAACCAACACCCCCAGCCCACCUCUCCCCGAGCUGUCGACGCUUCGUCUUAAUGGUGCCGGCGAGCAAAAGAGCGGUUUCUUUGGCCACUUCUUCGGCACCAGACGAGUAGUUGAGGAGCCCAUUCAGGAAGCUCCUCGAAAGCGAUGCAUCCAAUUUGCUUGUGCUAAGCCUCAGGCUCAGCCACAAGCUGCUCCUGUUGCAGCCGCCCCUCCUGCUCCCAUGCUCAAGACGCCUGUGGCACAAGCACCAAAGCGAACCUGCAUCAAGUUCGCAUGCACUGCCCGCCCGUCUUCUUCACACAAGACCUCUCCUAAGCCUUUUGAGCCCUCCACUCCCAAGAGGAGCAUGACACAUCCUGUCCCCGUUUCUCCUCGACCAGCCCCUGCUGGACCAGAGUGUUCCAAGGCCUCCCUCGUUCGACCUCGAUUCCUUCGUGCUUCUUCCACAGAGCUCAUCAAGGAUGGCUCCCAGUUCCACGAGUUUGCCAGUGGCAUGGCUCGUGAGGAUGAUUGGAUUCGCCAAGAAAAUUCCACUCAGAAGAAGCUUACUAUUUCCGAUAUCCUGGUCAAGGAAAACUUGAUCCGCCGCCUAGGAGCUGAAGCUGAGGAGGAAGCCGAAAUGGAAGAGGCGGAAGAGGAGGAGGCUGAGGCAGCCAUGGAUGAGGAUGAGGACGAGGACGAGGACGACGAUGCCGAUGAACUUGAUGAGGAAGACGAGGAAGACGAGGAAGACGAGGACGAGGACGAAGAGGACGACGGCUCUGAUGGUUACCAUACCGACGAGGAGACUGGCUUCGCUGACUCCGAUGAGGAAGACGACGAAGACGAGAACAUGAUGAUGUGGACUCCUCGUGUUCCAUCUGUCUCACGCCAGGUCACUCCUCGCUUGGCCCGCCGACUCUCCAUCAACGACCAGCAGUCGGAUGAUUCCAUUGGCUCCCGACGCAGCCGUCGCCGUGUCUCCAAGGCUCGACCCUUUGGACCACAAACUGAAGCUCCUGACUUGCCCGACAGCACUGACUUUGUGUGCGGCACCCUGGAUGAGGACCGGCCUGUCGAGGAUGCUUACCUGUCUUGCCUCGCUGCCCGCAGAAACGAGAAGCGUCGCAUCAUCCCUCAAGACAUUGACCCUAGCUUCCCGGCUUCGGAUCUUGACGAGGAGGAUGAGGAGGAUAUCUACGUGGCCGCUUCCGACAGCGAUGACCACGCGUGGGUGCAGGGUGUCAUGGAAGAUCUCGGCAGCGAGACCGACCGUGCCCGGAGAAGACGGAAAAAUGAGAACACCUCUCCCCGUCGUCUCCGUUCUCCACCUCCUAAGCGACGCGGCUCUCCCGCUCCCAAGCCUCGUGCUCGCUCUCCUGCUCCCAAGCCUCGUGCUCGCUCUCCUGCUCCUAAGCCUCGUGCUCGCUCCCCCAGACCUCUUUUUGACCGCCAGUCGCCUCGACGACUUCGCUCCCCUGCUCCCAAGGCUGUGGCCAUUGCAACCCCGAUCCAGACUCCCAGACAGGGUGCACACGCUCAUUUCCAGCUGGCUGGUCGCCCUGGCCUUACUCAUACCAAGUCUCUGCCCAGACCUGCGGCUAUCUUCCGUCACCAGAAACAGCCCAAGGGCUCAAAGACGUCAUCCGACACCGAUGCCCACAUUCGCAGCGCAAUCGACAUCGUCAAGGGUCUUGAGAAGAAGCGUCUGCGCCGCAAGGAAAAGUUCUUCCAGAAGUACUGUGAUCGUGCCAGACGCGGACAAAUCCCUGAGCGCAAGCCGGUGCUCCCUGGCCUUGGUGCCGAGCGCAUGCGAGAGCUUGGACUGCUCAUGGCUGUCUACGAUGUGCUGUCCUCCCUGGGCCUGCUCAACAAGCACGCCAAGCUGCUCUUCCUGGGUCUCGACAAUGCCGGAAAGACCACGUUGCUUCACAUGCUGAAGAACGACCGAGUUGCUAUCCUGCAACCUACUCUUCACCCUACUUCUGAGGAGCUUGCCAUUGGCAACGUUCGAUUCAACACCUUUGAUCUGGGUGGUCACCAGCAGGCCCGUCGUAUCUGGAGAGAUUACUUCCCCGACGUCAACGGUGUCGUCUUCCUCGUCGACGCCAAGGACCACGAGCGAUUCCCUGAGGCCAAGGCCGAGCUCGACGCCCUCCUGUCGAUGGAGGAGCUUUCCAAGGUUCCCUUCGUCAUCCUGGGUAACAAGAUCGACCACCCCGACGCCGUUUCUGAGGACGAGCUGAGACACCAGCUGGGCCUGUACCAGACGACCGGAAAGGGCAAGAUGCAGCUGGAGGGAAUCCGACCUAUCGAGCUGUUCAUGUGCUCCGUGGUGAUGCGACAGGGAUACGGCGACGGUAUCAGAUGGCUGUCUCAAUACGUUUAA